AUGAAUUCCUCCGACCCCGCCGAUGUCAUGGAGGUCGCCAAAUCCCAGGUGGCCGCCCACGACGCGCAUCUGAAUGAGAAGAAGUCGUUGGACAAGGAGCUGGCCAUCUCGCCCAGCAUUCAAGAAAUCCCCGGUUCCAAGGAGGUGGGCGGCUCGUCGACCGGAGGUGAAGAUGCUCAUCUAAACCUCGAGCUUCCCACCGAUGCGGAACUGAACGAGCUGCGUCGCGUGGCGGGUCCCAUUCCCUGGACUGCCUAUACCGUGGCUUUCGUCGAACUCUGCGAGCGUUUCUCCUACUACGGAACCACCGCGGUUUUCGUCAACUUUAUUCAGCGCCCCCUGCCUGAAGGUUCCACCACCGGUGCCGGUUACGAUCACAGCGUGCCCGGAGCUCUGGGGAUGGGUCAGCAGGCCUCGACCGGUCUGACUCUGUUCAACUCCUUCUGGUCGUAUGUCAUGCCGCUUGUCGGUGCCUACGUGGCCGAUCAACACCUGGGACGUUUCAACACCAUCAUGUGGUCGAUCGCGGCCGCCCUGCUCGGUCACACUAUUCUUAUCAUCUCGUCCAUCCCUCAAGUCAUCUCCAACCCUAACGGUGCCAUUGGAUGCUUCGCCGUCGGUCUCAUUAUCAUGGGUGUGGGUACGGGUGGUUUCAAGUCCAACAUCUCCACCUUGAUCGCGGAACAAUAUCGCCAGGACCACGCCUACAUCAAGACGCUGAAGUCGGGCGAGCGUGUCAUCGUGGACCCCGCCGCCACUGUGUCGCGUAUCUACCUGUACUUCUACAUGAUGAUCAACAUCGGCUCCAUCCUGGGUCAGGUCAGCAUGGUGUACGCGGAGAAAUACGUCGGAUUCUGGCUGUCGUUCUUCCUGCCCACCUGCCUGUUCAUGUGCUGCCCCACGGUGCUGUUCCUCUGCCGCAACAACUACAACCACGUCAAGCCGACCGGUUCCGUGUACCUGCAGGCCUUCCGCACCUGGAAGAUGGCCAUGCACGGACGCUGGUCGCUGAACCCUGCCCGCAUGUUUAUCAAGAACCCUACUCCUUUCUGGGAGCCCGUCAAGCCCUCCGCUUUGGGUGCCAACAAGCCCGCAUGGAUGGUCUUUGACGACGAGUGGGUCGACGAGGUGGCUCGUGGUCUCAAGGCCUGCACGGUGUUCCUGUGGUACCCGCUUUACUGGCUGGCAUACAACCAGAUGUUGAACAACUUGACCUCGCAAGCCGCCACCAUGAGACUGGGCGGCGUCCCCAACGACAUCAUCAACAACCUUAACCCCCUGUCGCUGAUCAUCGCCAUCCCCAUCAUGGACCAGGUCAUCUACCCGGGACUGCGCCGCAUGGGCAUCAAGUUCACCCCGCUGAAGCGUAUCACGGCCGGUUUCAUGAUGGCCGCGCUGUCCAUGGUGGCCGCCGCCGUGACGCAGCACUACAUCUACGAGCUGGGCGACUGCGGCAAGGAAGCCAACUACUGCCUGGACGAGGAGGGCAAGCACUCGCCCAUCUCCGUCUGGGUUCAGGCCCUGACGUACGUGCUGGGCGGUAUCUCUGAGAUCUUCGCCUCCGUCACCUCGCUGGAGUACGCGUUCACCAAGGCACCCCGCAACAUGCGUUCGCUGGUGCAGGCUGUCGCACUGUUCAUGAACGCCAUCUCCUCGGCCAUCGGACAGGCGUUCGUCAGUCUGUCGGUCGACCCUCUGCUCGUGUGGAACUACACCGUCGUGGCCAUCCUGGCGUUCGUCGGUGGUGUCGGCUUCUGGAUUACCAACUACAAGCUGGACCGCGAGGAAGAUCGCCUGAACAACCUGAAGCAGAGUCGCUACCAGGGAUCGGGGCUGAAGGCGGACGAGGAGUCGGCGCGGUAG